AUGGGCAAGACGGGAUGGGGUGGAGGACUUGAGAGCUUCACUUCCAAGCUUGUGGGACUCUUCGCGGACGAGUCGAUUCUCGCCAUCGGGUCGCACAUCAUGGAGAGGUCAGCGCGAAUUCUUGGAGCCCAAGAAGAGGAUUUCCAAUAUGAUAGCAUCUCCGUCUCGAGCCACGUCAUCGACUCUAUGAUUGGUGUCGAGCUCCAGUCUUGGUUGUUCAAGGAAUUCGGCGUUCAGGUCAGUGUCCAGAUCAGCUAG